CGUCGCUUGUGUUUCGCAAUUCUUCGCCAUCUUCCGACAUUCCAGGUUUGGAAUAGUAUGAGUUGAAGAGUCUAUCAGUGAAUCAGAGUCAUCACAUUUACAUCACGUGGAAGCAUCAGGACUUUAUCCUGUAUUGCUUUCCCUAUCUGCGACCUUUAUAAAAUGAUGGUUUCAAAUAUCAUGGUCAUCAAUGACUUAACAGCUUCUAGAGUGGACGGUGCAAGAUGCUCGGUGAAAGUUCUCGAUGGUAUGUGUUCGAAGAUGGCAUCAUCUUCAUCUGCGAAUACUCCUUUACAAGUGGAAGCCGCAGGAAGUUCAGAAGAUUCAAGUGACAGCUGCCCGCACACGCCACAUCCCAAGAUAUCUCCUCAUCCACUGACUACCAUAUUUGGUCACUUUUAUGCCAUGGAAGAUUUUGAUAUAUUGGAGAUGCUUGGAGAAGGAUUUUUCAGCAAAGUCUCGAAGGUGCGACUGCGAAGAACUGGUGAGGAAAUGGUGCUAAAAGUAGCAAAAGGUACUGGCUCCGCUGGCAGUCGCAGAGCUAUCCAUGCUGAUGCAGCUCGGGAAGCGGCGAUGCUCCAUCGCUUAUCCCAUGAAAACAUCGUUGGUCUUCGUGGUGUAUGCAUACAAGUCAACGAUGAUGGUUGCUGGGAUAUGCAUCUUCUUGUUGACUAUUGCGAAAGCGGCAGCUUAGCUCGGCUCAUUCUUGAUCGAGCUGCGGCCUUCCCAUGGAGUCAGAGAAUACGCUACGCUUUGGACAUCUCCCUUGCGAUGCGAUAUCUGCACUCUCAGCGAGUAAUUCAUCGCGAUCUCACUAGCAUGAAUGUUCUUCUGCAAUCUACUCGAGAGCCAUCAAAGUGGGGACGUGCCGUAGUUGCGGAUUUUGGUCUCUCUUGUCGUUUUCCAAACCGUGGUGAGAAGUUACCGCAAGUGGGUACAACGUAUUUCAUGAGUCCGGAGUGUCUCAAGGAAGAGUAUUACGAUGAAAAGUCCGAUGUCUUCUCCUUUGGAGUGAUCCUCUGUCAGCUUAUUGCGAGGAUUGAUGCGGAUCCUGAUAGUGGGUUACACCGUACAAGCAAUUUCGGUCUCGAUUACGUUCGCUUUACCCCAUGCUGUCCACUGGAUACACCAAUAGCAUUUUUGAAACUAGCUUUCCAUUCCUGCGUGAUGGAUCCUCUGGAGCGGCCUUCGUUUGAAAUGAUUGUCAUCUUGCUUCAAAAGGUGUUCACAACGUUACCAUCCUCUCCUGCGCAUUCACCGCGAGAUGCAAGGGAAGCAAAGCUAGCUCGUUCUCGAUCUGAUGCCGCACUGAAGAAAGAAGCAGCUUUGGCAACGAGAAAGUAUUCUCACCAUAAUCCCAGGAACAUCCGUCCUAUUGUGGAAGGGGUAGCAGCUGAAGAAACGUCGUUUCUUGCCAUGGAAAAACUUGCACGGGAUGUAGCUCGCGAUGAACCAACGCCAGAUCAUACAAAUCCAUUCUUGGAUCAUGAACGUUUCCGCAAGGAGAGGAAAAUCUUGCCGAGGAAAAGUAAUCGACGACGUAGUGAAACAAAGCCUGAACGCGGUGUCUCUGCCACUAAUUGCUUCAUUGAGGACCAUCUUCGCUGUUCCUUGCAUAGUGCACACCAUGUAUCCUUGCAAAGAAGAGGAUCAUCGCUUCCUCCAGAUUUGCGUUAUGUUUACUCUUCAACAGAUUCUAUCGACGAGAGACAGUUCACUCCUGGUGGAGUUCCAUUGAUCUACCGUGAUUUUGACCUGAAAUUUCUCAAACAGAUGAAGAGGUUCCCCUCUCGACGUCACACUCUAAUUCCUGACUGUGGCGCGCGAUCGAGCAUAGAUCUACAUUCGCUCACUUCACAGCCGAAUUCUCCAAGCUUUACACAUACUGCACAAUCAUCUUCAGAAAAUGAAAAAGGGUCUGGUGAUACGAGCGAGGAGUCUAUCGAGGAGCGCCUUCCCAGCACCAAAGUUACCAUCAGCGAACAGCCUCUUUCCUGCUUCAUAUCCGUGGAUGACUUUUCGCCCAACACAGGGAACCGUCUCAACAAUAACGUCCUCGAAUUGAGCUCUUGUGAAACUGAUGGACGUAUCAGUAGGAAGAUAGUCGUUGAUACCGUAGUCCGAUCCCCUAACACUUUUUCGGGUAGGAUAUGCGGUGUGCCACAAUGCGAACCCGCAAGUGUACAGGGCAGACAUCAGAAGUGCACUCUUCUCUGAAGCUGCCAUUCAUUUCGUUGUUUCGUUCUCUUCGAAAGUUUUAAUACUUAGACGGUGUGCGCAUAUGGCUGUGAUCUUUUCUUACAUAUGUAUUGCAAUGUGUGUUCGUUGCUCAUCAGCCGUCUUUUCGCUCCAAUUGCUCCCCCUUUCGACCGCCUCGGUAACGCGCGUAUUGCCAAUAGAUCAGGUUUCUCUCUCUUGUGUGAGAAUGUCGUUAUUGUGCUUUUCUUUACAUUGCCUCAAAUUCCAUAAUGAUGUAUCUGUAAAGCUUUAUCGCGCCAGCUGCUGUUAAACGUUGCUUGCGCGAUUCCGAUUUUCUUGUCACUUACAUAUACAAGGGUCUCAUUUGUUCAUUGUUUUCUGUACAUACUACCAUAUAUUUAUGUAGUUCUUGCAUCCAUGAAGUCAUUAUUUAGGGUGUGUAAAAAAUUUUUCGUGUUGUGUUAGCUACUAGUAAGCUAUACUAUAACCCUGAUGAUAUGGAACAUAGGCAUCGGACUGCGUAUAAAUGUUUAUUUUCGGUGC